AUGCAUCCCCAUCUCCACACAAGUGAGAACACAGCAUGCGCAGAGGUCAUGGACCUCCUCGACGAAUGCCACGCGCGCGGCUUCCUAUGGAAAGCCGUGGGCAUGUGCAACGAUGCGAAGACCGCCGUCAAUAAAUGUCUACGCGCGCAGCGACUCGAGCGGACGAAGUUGAAUCGGGAGGUGGCCAAGGUCAAGAACAAGCAGAUUAGAGCCAAGUGGGCUGAUAUCGAUGCGAAUUCAUGA